AUGGCCCGGCCAGUGUGGCCAGUGGAAGAGGGCGUUAAGACCGCCGUGAGGGCGCUACAAGAGGGUGAAUUGCUACAGCUAGUCAUUCACUUUACAGAGGAGGAGAUCCAAUUUCUGAACUCUUACAAGGAAGUUGACCCUGAUUCCAUAGCCAUAUACUUUAAGUGCCCAUCGCCUCAGGUUUACUCGUUUUACCAUUACCCCGGCUCCAAUGCUGUGGUUCUUCUCUGGACUCGGUAUGAUGGGAUUAUAUCAACUAAGCGUAUUGCCGCUCAGAAUGGCGUGCGGAUGGACAUGCUCGCGAUUGCGGAAGGGCAGGGGAUCAUGGUUACACAAGAGAUAAUAGUUCAGGGACAGGAUCAGAUCAGUGGCGUCCGCUUGAGGGACAAAAUCUUCUUGUCGAAGGUAUCCGCGCCGCUGAAUGAGACCUUUGGUGCGACUCGAUCGGGAUGA